GUGUGGAGGUCUUACCACGAUAUGGAGACAUCGUAGUAUAGUCUCGAUGUCUGUGAAGCCUGUGAAGCUGUGGGGUGGCUAUAUAAAUGUAGACAAUGUAGGGGCGCAAUAUCAGUCGACUUCGAGCACUCUUAAGACACUACCGUCUUUUUUGUUGUGUUUGUGUGUGCUUAUAAGUCAACACGAUGUCUUCAGUACAGUGGUUUAUGUGUGCGCUAGUGUUAGUGUGUGUUAGCAUGCAUGUGUCGUCUGCACCUGCGCCGGCGCCACAGGAAGAAAAUUAUCCACCAAUGCCAUACGAAUAUAAAUACGACGUGGAAGAUCAAGAGAAACUUCUCUACUUUGGAGCUAACGAAGCGAGUGAUGCACAAGGCAAGGUCUUGGGGGGAUACCGUGUUCUACUUCCCGACGGUCGUCUCAUGAGUGUCGAAUACACAGUCGAAGGCGAUAGCGGUUUCGUUCCGAUUAUCAAGUUCGAGAAUAACGCUAAUCCUUUCGGUAAAAAGAAGUAGGUCUAGACGGCAAUGUAAAAAUGAGUGAAUGAAAAUUGAAGGACCAAUGGUACUUGCAUGGAUAAAAAUUAUUUAUUUAAAAUUUUUAAGUACAAAUAUUAAAUAUUCUUUGAAACGUUUGUAACUAUAACUUUGUGUUCGAAUAAUAAUUAAAAUAAUCUGAGAACUGUAUUUACAAUUACCAAGGUCGGUAAAGUCGUUUUUAUUUAUUACUUUGCAAAAGUACAAAAUAUAAAAACUGAAAAAAAAAACAUAGCUUUAAGUUAGGAUACCGAUGAUCAAAUAGUCAACAUCGUUAACAUAAUGUUGUGUAAAUAAAAUUGAGAGAAAUAUUUUUUGUACAAAAUAACUUUGGUGGAAAACACAACUAAAAUUGUUUUUUAGAAAAUACUUUGAAGGGAUACGUUACCAAUUCUGUGAUUGUAAUAAUUAUUAUAAUAUUACUAAGAAUAAUUGUUAUUAAGAUUUCUUCGCAAACUUCACACUUUUGCAUGUACAUAGUUAAACCAUUUAUUGUUACCCCCAAACCGACUUCCUCUUUUACGUCCUAGUUUAAAUGUUCUUAUACUAUUUUGUAAUAAAUAAAUAUUUUUUAUAU